UGUCAGAUUUAUAUUCAAGGUUCUUUCUUCUCAUUCUCGAUAAUUAAACAUAAAUAAAUACAAUUCCAUCAACUCACUCUGCAGUGAAGAAGAAACAACAUCAAAUUAAAUGUUUUAAAAAAGUUCCUCCAUUAAUUCUGAGUUCACUGUUUCUUACAUCAGAGCUAAAAAAUACCUGAAGAGAAACAACAACUGUUUACCUGCAUUACAGUUUGUAGUUUACCUGAGCAACCACUUACUACUUUCUGUACCACCUACUACACCUGUAUUACAAAAUAAAAAAUAAAAAAUACUAUUAAUAAUUACAAAUUAUAACAAUUACAUAUAAAAACAAUGAAUAAAUGUAAAUUUAAUAAUAAAGAGUGCUGUAAGGACCUAGUGACAUGUACUACUAACUACACCUGUAUUACAAAAUAAAAGUCCUAAAGCAUGAGUACAGUAAUAAUUUAAAUGGUGGUUCCCUGAUUCUAUUAUUCAUGACGCAACAUCAUUUUUUUGUCAAACAAAUUCACACUAAGCCACUCUGUUGUUCCACAUGCAGAAUGAGGACACAAAGUCAUAUAAAUGAGACAUUUAAUACUUAAAUAUCAGUGGAAUUCUGUAACAAGUGCUGAUGCAUGACAGAUGUUGGUGUUUGCACCUUUCACUGACUGGAUGGUCCUUUUUAUUAUUAUAUUUAUUUAUUUAUAUUUAUUUUAUAUAUUUAUUGGAGCAAAAACAAGCAAUUAGGAUUUUCCUAUCUAGUUGUGGUACGUUCUGUACCUGAACUCUGCUCUCUUAUUUAUGUUUUUUUCUGCAUGUUUAGGGGUUUAGUCCAUUCCAGCAAAAGACUCAACAGUACAACAUACUGUGUGUUCAUGACCAAAUUGACUCGUACUGAUUUAAGAUUAAAAUGGAAACCACUCAAACUAACAAUGAAUGAUAUUAAGAUAGAUAGAUUGCGUUUUUCAUGAUCUUAAUGUGAACUUAAUGUUCCUUUAAAAUAAUUACCACAUAAAUCACUAUUAUACGUUUAUAUUUAUAUCUGCAGUCAGAUCCAAACAACAGGAUCAGAUUCUUCAGUACCCAGCCAUAUCAUCAUGAACAGUGACACUUCUGUGCAUCAUCCAGUACUGAAAGAUGGAAAACCAUCACCUGGAUGCAGUUUCCAGAAGUGGGCGAGAGCUACAAUACAACAGAAAAUGAUCAGACAUGCAGGGUCUGACUCCACAUCUGCUGGACCUGAAGUCCAGAAGAAGCUCAAAUUAAAUCUGAUAAAGAAGUUUCAGUGUGUAAAUGAAGUGAUCACAAAGCAGGGAAACCCAACACUUCUGAAUGAGAUCUACACCGAGCUCUAUAUCACAGAGGGAGAAAGUGGAAAAGUCAAUAAUGAACAUGAGGUGAGGCAGAUCGAGGCAGCAUCCAGGAGAGCAGCAACAGAGCACAUGCCCAUCAAAUGUAACAACAUCUUUGAACCUUUAUCAGACCAAGAUGAACCUAUCAGGACUGUCCUGACUAAGGGUGUCGCUGGCAUUGGAAAAACCGUCUCUGUACAGAAGUUCAUUCUGGAUUGGGCUGAAGGGAAAGAGAAUCAGGACGUCCACCUCAUAUUUCCACUUCCUUUCAGAGAGCUAAAUUUAAUGAAGGACCACAAACUGAGUCUGAUGGAUCUCCUUCAUUUCUAUUUUCAGGAAAUAAAAGAAACUGACAUUUCCAGCUUGUACAAAGUUCUGUUUAUUUUUGAUGGGUUGGAUGAGUGUCGUUUACCUCUAGAUCUCCAGAACUCAGUGAGAUUGAGUGAUGUAAAUGAAUCAGCAUCAGUUCAUGAGCUGCUGAUGAACCUCAUCAAAGGGAAUCUGCUUCCUUCUGCUCUGAUCUGGAUCACCUCCCGUCCAGCAGCAGCUGAUCAGAUCCCCUCUGAGUGUAUCGAUCGAGUGACGGAGGUACGAGGAUUCACUGAUCCACAGAAGGAGGAGUACUUCAGGAAGAGGAUCAGUGAUCAGAGUCUUGUCAGUAGAAUCAUCUCACACCUGAAGUCAUUAAGAAGCCUCUACAUCAUGUGUCACAUUCCGGUCUUCUGCUGGAUUACAGCCACAGUUCUAGAGAGGAUGUUUGGUGAAGCAGAGAGUGGAAAGAUCCCCAAAACUCUGACUCAAAUGUACACUCACUUCCUCAUCAUUCAGACCAACGUCAUCAGAAAAAAGUACAUGAAGAAUCAGGAGGAAGGAGAAAUGAUCCUCAAACUGGGAAAACUGGCUUUUGAGCAUCUGAUCAAAGGAAACCUGAUCUUCUAUGAAGAAGAUCUGAUGGAGUGUGGCAUUGAUGUUCAGGAAGCCUCAGUGUACUCAGGUGUGUGUACACAGAUCUUCAGAGAGGAGUUUGGACUUCACCAGAGUAAAGUGUACUGCUUUGUUCAUCUCAGCAUUCAGGAACAUCUCGCAGCUCUAUAUAAGCACCUGACCUUCAUGAAUGAAGAGACAAAUGUUCUUCAACAGAGUCUGUCCUCAAAACUGAGAAUGCUGAAGAGAAAACAAAUCUCAGAUCUACACAAGAGUGCUGUAGAUCAGGCAUUACAGAGUAAGAAUGGACAUCUAGAUUUUUUUCUUCGCUUUCUUCUGGGUCUCUCACUGAAGUCCAAUCAGAAUAUCUUACAAAGCUUAGUGACACAAACAGGAAGUGACUUUCACAACAAACAAAAAACAGUUCAGUACAUUAAGGAAAAGAUCAGUGAGAAUCCCUCAACAGAGACAUCCAUUAAUCUGUUCCACUGUCUGAAUGAACUGGAUGAUCAUUCACUAGUUCAAGAGAUCCAACAAUACAUGAAAUCUGGAGAACUAAAACAAACUAAACUCUCUGAUUCUCAGUGGUCAGCUCUGGUCUUCAUGUUACUGACAUCAGCAGAUGACCUGGAUGUGUUUUACCUAAUACGUUAUACCAACCAGUACAGCUCACCAGAUGAAGUUUUUCUGAAACUGAUGCCGGUGGUUGCAGCAUCCAGAGCAGCUCGGCUUGGUUUGUGUGAACUAAAAGAUAAAAGUUAUGAAGCUCUGGCCUCAGUGCUCAGCUCAGAAUCCUCCAGUCUGAGAGAACUUCAUCUGUCUGAUAAUAAACUAGGAGAUUCAGGAGUGAAGCGUCUCUCUGCUGUACUGGAGAAUCCUCACUGUAAACUGGAGAUACUGAGGUUGUAUAAUUGUGGUGUAUCAGAUGAAGGUUGUUCUGCUCUGGCUUCAGCUCUGAGAUCAAACCCCUCACACCUGAGAGAACUUCAUCUGUCUGAUAAUAAACUAGGAGACUCAGGAGUGAAGUGUCUCUCUGCUGGACUGGAGAAUCCUCACUGUAAACUGGAGAUACUGGGGUUAAAUUAUUGUGGUGUAUCAGAUGAAGGUUGUUCUGUUCUGGCUUCGGCUCUGAGAUCAAACCCCUCACACCUGAGAGAACUUCAUCUGUCUGGAAAUAAUCUAACAAAAUCUGAUAUGACACUCCUCUCUGAUCUAAGGCGUGAUGACCGAUUCAGACUGGAGGUUCUGAGGUUUUGGUGAUAAACUCGAAGAUUAAAAGCAGAGAUUAUUUCUGACCAUAGAGUUGAUUUACAGAUGUGAUUAAAACCUUUUCUACAGUUUCCCAGUCAUGUCAUGAUGUCUGAAUCCUGCACAGUUUCAUUUUCUCAUUCACAUCCUGUACAGAUGUUUUAAUCACAAGAAGAAAGUGUUUAUGAUGCUGAAUAGAUUGUUAUUAUGAUCAGACUCUGGAGACACAGCGCUCGUCCUGUACAUUCAACAUCUAAUUCACUCACAUCAGUCACAGAUUCAUCUGAUAUUAUUAAACCACAUUCUGAUUUUAAUCAUGUGUACAGUUAUAUACAUGAAAUCAUGAUUAAUUAUUGAUUUGUAUUGAAUCCUGGUGUAUAUUAAUGUGUAUAAAACAAUAAAACUUUA